UUCUAGCCGCCCUAAACCGUUCUGUGCAGGAUCCUAUGGUCAGCUGUUUUCACGCGACGUGGACAACGCUAUCUACUUUCUGUUUUCGUGUCUUUAAUUUGCUAUCUAACGUCUAACCGCCUGCUUGUUAGCUGGAUAUGGCGAAUCGAAAGCGGCAAAUAGAUGAAGUUUUGAGCUCAGAUGAUCGCUUCCAAACGCCGGAGAAGAAGGUGUCUGUAGUCCGGCAGCCGGACACGGACUUCACGGGAUGGGGAGUGCAGGAAACCUGUCAAUACCUGCGAAGAGAAGGUCUUGGGGAAUGGGAAGAUACGUUUAGAGCACAAAAAAUCAGCGGUGUCGGGCUGCGGUAUCUCAACGAUGCAAAACUGAAGGAAAUUGGCAUAAAGCAUCUCGGUGACCGUCUGCAGAUCUUGCACAGCCUCAGGAAGUUGUGGCAGUUAGAAGCUGAACCAAAUAAGGUGUUCAACGAUCCUAUCCACGGGCAUGUGGAGUUACACCCGCUCCUCAUCAAAAUCAUCGACACGCCUCAGUUCCAGAGACUGCGAAACAUCAAGCAGCUUGGAGGGACAUACCUUGUUUUUCCUGGGGCGUCCCACAACCGCUUUGAACACAGCAUUGGGGUGGGUUACUUGGCCGGACAACUGGUUCAAGCUUUGAACGAGAGGCAGCCAGAACUCCUCAUCUCUCGUAGAGACAUCCUCUGUGUCCAGAUUGCUGGACUCUGCCAUGACCUGGGACAUGGGCCAUUUUCCCACAUGUUUGAUGGGAUGUUUAUUCCCAAAGCACGUCCAGACAUCAUCUGGAAGCAUGAGAUGGCCUCUCUCACCAUGUUUGACUACCUGGUGGAUGAUAAUGGCCUGAAGCCGGUAAUGGAGGAACAUGGUCUGGUGCUGCCCCAGGAUCUGGACUUUAUUAAGGAGCAGAUUGCUGGACCACUCGAUACUAAGGCAGCUCAAGGCCAGAAGUGGCCAUACAAGGGCCGCCCUGAAGACAAAUCCUUCCUCUAUGAAAUUGUGGCCAACAAAAAGAACGGCAUUGAUGUGGAUAAGUGGGACUACUUCGCAAGGGAUUGUUACCACUUGGGCAUUCAGAACAACUUUGACUACCACCGUUUCCUAAAAUUUGCUAGAGUGUGUGAGGUGGAUGGGCAGAAGCACAUUUGCACACGAGACAAGGAGGUGGGGAAUCUGUAUGAUAUGUUCCACACAAGGAACUGUCUGCACAGAAGAGCCUACCAGCACAAAGUGGGAAACAUCAUAGAAACUAUGAUUACAGAGGCCUUUUUAAAAGCAGAUCCACACAUCCAGAUCCAGGGCUCUGGAGGAAAGGUCCUCACUCUCUCCACAGCCAUAGAUGACAUGGUGGCCUACACCAAGCUGACAGAUCACGUGUUCGAACAGAUACUGAACUCCUCCUCUUCAGAGCUCGCUGAAGCGAGGCAAAUUCUGCACAACAUCGUCUGUAGAAACCUCUACAAGUGUCUGGGGCAAACUCAGCCAGACAAAGCUGUGAAUGUCACCCAAGAGACUAUUCACAGCUGGGAGGCAGAUUUGGCUCAAGCCAUCCCUCAGAGUGGCCAUCAGGAUGUCAGUCUGCAGCCAGAAGACUUUGUUGUCACUGUCAUUGUUAUUGACUACGGGAUGAAGGAAAAGAACCCCAUAAACAACGUGCGUUUCUACUGCAAGAAUGACCUAACCAAAGCCAUCCAGAUCCGGAAAAACCAGGUGUCUAAACUUCUUCCAGAGCACUUUGCUGAGCAGCUGAUUAGGGUCUACUGCAAAAAGACAGAUGAAAGGAGUCUCGAGGCUGCCAAGAAGCACUUUGUUCAGUGGUGCAUGAACAAGAACUUCUCAAAACCUCAGGAUGGAGACAUAAUAGCACCUGAGCUGACACCUCUGAAACCCAGCUGGCGCAACAACAAUGAUGGAGAGGAUGGCGAAGAUAACGGCUCCAAAGAAACAAACUGUGCUCCUGUGAAUGGACACAGUAAGGCCAAAACUCAGCUGUUCAAAUGAGAGAGAGAGAGAACAGUUCAAACCACACAAAGACAGAAAAGAUGACUGCUAAUAGAAAACCUCUAUUUUUCUAAGUGUGCUGAGUGCAGUAAGGGUACAGUGAUCCUUCUUUGGAAAAGGUUUUCCAGAAAUAAGGCUUUCGUCAACAUUAUACACAGUAUUCUUUAAAUGACAUUUUAUUUUAAACCAUUUUUAGUUUAAUUAUGCAGGUCAAAACAUUAUUAUGUUCAAAAGAAUAUAAAAUGCCUCAGAAAUCAGAAAUUUCAGGGUGGUGUGUUUUUAAACACAUGAAGCUGAUGUAUUUCAGGUCUGUUUUUAUUCAGCUUUAAAGAUAGUAAAUUACUGUCUGGCUUUCAGAACAUUUUUGCUCUGUUGCAUUUUAAAAGUUAAUCACAUUCAAAGUAUUUAAUUUAUGGGAUUAUUUUGAGGUUGGACUCAUCUGCUUUUGUAUUUCCUUUUGGUCUUUUGGCUGAUUUUGUUUUUGAAGUGCUUUUAUUUAUUGUUCAUCCAGUAACUCUCCGUGUUCAUUACUGUCUUCACCUCGCAGGUGUGUAUAACAUUUAGAAGGGUAUUUGAUACCUUUUUUAAAAUGUUUUGUUACCAAAAUAUUGUGUAGCCUCAUCAAAUCCUUGCCCAGUAUGUCUUCAGAAAAAUAUAUAUUUGAGAGCAUGACAUGUGAAU